AUGGUUAUCAUCAUAGUUGUUGCACAACAAUCGAAAAAAGGAUCCAAUACACUUACCAAAGAAGAAAAACAAGAGCAAGAGAAAGAUACGGAGGAAGUUGAUGAGGACGACGCUUUUUUACUGGGACUCAAUACUGUUAGUGAUUGGUAA